AUGAGAUUUAUCGAUGGCCUUCGGCCCAACCUCAAAGCUAUGAUACUGGUUUCUAUGCCACAAACACUCGAUGCUGCUAUUUGCAUGGCUCUUGUGCAGGAGGAGGUGGCGGGCCAAUCGGGCGCCCAGUCUUUGUUCCGUUCGUCGGCACCGGUUGAGUGGUCUCAGAAACCCACACCACGGACCGCGUUGCCGCUACCACCACCACCGCCUCGUGUCGAGAAGCCCGUGGCGAAGCCUGCAACUGCCGAGCCCACGGCAACAUCUUCAGCAACUGGUGCUCUAGCUGCUGUCAAAGCAUACUGUCGAGCUCUGGGCUUAUGCUACAAGUGCAAUGCCAAAUGGAGUAAGGAUCACCGGUGCGCACCAGAGGUCUUGCAUGCAGUCGAAGCUCUUUGGGAAUCACUGGAUCCUGAUGUGGUGCCAGCUACAGACACAUCUGAUGAUCAACCAACUGAGCAAGUGUUUCUAGCCAUAUCCAAGUCAGCUGUGUCUGGGGUUCUUGCUGCUUGUACUAUCCGGCUAUUGGGAUCCAUGUCAGGUAUUCCGGUACAUAUUCUGGUGGAUUCAGGGAGCUCCUCUUCAUUUAUCAGCGACACUACAGCUGUUCAGUUACGUCACCUCGAUUCACUCUCUAUUUCUAGCUGUGUGCAAGUUGCUGGUGGAGGUGUCUUACAGAGUUCCUUGCUGCUUCGCCAAGUUCAGUGGACAGUGUGCUCCUGCUCCUUUCACACUGAUUUUCGGGUACUGCCUUUGGGUAACUUCGAUGCCAUUCUGGGCAUGGAUUGGCUAGAGUCCUACAGCCCAAUGCAAGUUCACUGGGCCUUAAAGUGGUUGGCAAUUCCAUACGAUGGCCAAACUCAGGUGUUACAAGGUAUACUUCCUGAUGAACCAGAACAGUUGCUGUUGCAAAUUGAUCACACCGAGCCUGUUCUGUCUUCAGAUCAGGAUGCCAUCACUGUUCCAGCUCUAAUCAGUCAGUUAAUUAAAGAGUUUUCUGACUUGUUCUAG